AUGUAUAUAGAUGAACAUCCUAAAAACUCUUCUACAAAAGAGCAACAGGAUACCUCUAGAACUAAUAAAAGUAACAAUACUCAAGCUAGUGUAUCAGAAAGAACAAAGAAUUUGACUCUAACUACUAAAGAUAUAAAUAUGGAAAAAGACUCAAAAACUCAGAAAAUUAGUUCAACAAAUACCAAUACUUCUGACAAGGAAACAGCACAAAAGGGAACUUCAUCUAUGUACUAA